AUGCCACCUCCCAUUUCACCUUUAAAAACGAGGACAAGUAAGGAAUGUUUUUCUUGUGACCAAAAGCAGCAGUGCAACAGAGAAUUGUUUAAGGAGAACCUGAAGUUAAGACUGUCCUAUAGUGCUGAAAAGAAAGAGAAGUUCCAGAUAAAAAAAACGUAUCAAGUAAAUCGGGUUAAGCAGCAGCUGGAAAGAAAAGGACUGCGAAUUGGCAAAUUUCAGUCCAAAGUAAAGACACUGCAGGACAAAAUUGCUUCGUUGUCCAACUCUCUAAAAAGGGCACAUCUUAAGUGCAGCAUACUUUCAAAACAAAAGAAAAAGUGCCACAGCCAGCUAAAUGCUCUACAGUUGAAAGUAACUGAGCUGGAAAAGAAGUUAAUUUCUAACGAUGCUGCCUUGCUACAUGACAUACCACAUGUUGAAAAUUAUGAUGCUCAAACUAUUGUCACCAAAGUCAAUAAAAAGCAAUUCAAUUCUUCAAUCAGAAUGGUAAUUUACCGCUGCCUUGAACUAAAUGUGCCUGUUGAGGCGAUAUCAAAGGUAAUUGCGUUCUGCACUGAUCUCUGCAAUGCACAAGUUGACCUGCCAUCAGUGUCUACAAUUGCACAGAUGUGUCGUGAAAUGGCAGUUUUGGCUGAGCUUCAAGUUUCUGAGGCCAUUGUUGAUUCGGAUGUUGUAACCAUAGCGUUUGAUGCAACAACUAUAUCCGGUAAACACAUAAAUGAAGUUCAUUUUGGAACGCCUGAAAAUGUUUUCACCGCAAACAUUACGGAACUGGCAGGAGGCAGAGCUGAGGACUAUGCUGGUCAUGUACUUAACACAAUUGAGGACUUGGCAACAACGUACUCUUCCUUUUGUGAAGUUGAUAAGGAGGAAACAAAACUUCAAAUGUGUGGAAAGGUUUCAUCCACGUUGACAGAUAGGGCCUCAGCCAACCACGCUGCAGUACUACUGCUGAAUGAAAAACUUCAGACAAACUUACUUGAACUGAAUUGUCACUUACACCCUCUUGAUGGCAUAGCCAAUGAAGUAAGGAAGACUUUUCAAAAAUUUAAUUCCCUUAUUCCCAGUGACACAUUUGGUUCAGACUGUCGAGCUGCUAACUUGCUGUAUGGAAUAUCUAAGCUGAGGUACAAAGCAAAGGGAGAUCCUACAGGAUUCAAGGCUUUUCUCAGGCAGCAUUCCUUGGCAUGUGGUAUUUUCCCUAGAUAUGUUGGUAAUAGGUUGCACGUGAUGUUCUGCCUGGCUGGUAUUGUAUACAGACACAGUUGCAGGCACUUGGACUUUGGGGGAAAUACCUAA